GAAAAUGGGUCGUGUCUUCAUCUCAUCUCUUCUUUUGCUGGCAGUCAUCGGCUGUGUUGAAGCCUAUCCUAGUAGGUCAUCCGUUGCUCCGAGGCUCUCUAGCGAUCGUCCACAAUAUCCAGGAUCCUCUCAGUACCCUCUAGGAUCAGAUGCUCCACAAUAUCGAGGAUCUUCUCAGUCCCCUCGAGGCUAUGGAUAUGGGUCGUCAUCUGCUCCACAAUACCUAGGAUCUUCUCAGUACCCUCAAGGAUCAUCUGCUCCACGGUAUCCUGGUAACUACAAUGCCUUUGCCAGCACUUCCGAUGCUCCACAGUAUCCAGGAUCCUCCCAGUACCCUCAAGGAUCAUCUGCUCCACGGUAUCCCGGUAACUACAAUGCCUUUGCCAGCACUUCAGAUGAGCCACAGUAUCCAGGAUCCUCCCAGUACCCUCAAGGAUCAUCUGCUCCACGGUAUCCUGGUAACUACAAUGCCUUUGCCAGCACUUCCGAUGCUCCACAGUAUCCAGGAUCCUCCCAGUACCCUCAAGGAUCAUCUGCUCCACGGUAUCCCGGUAACUACAAUGCCUUUGCCAGCACUUCCGAUGCUCCACAGUAUCCAGGAUCCUCCCAGUACCCUCAAGGAUCAUCUGCUCCACGGUAUCCCGGUAACUACAAUGCCUUUGCCAGCACUUCAGAUGAGCCACAGUAUCUAGGAUCCUCUCAGUACCCUCUAGGAUCGGAUGCUCCACAGUAUCCCGGUAACUACAACGCCUUCGCCAGCACUUUUGAUCCGCCAUAUGUCGCUGGAAACUCUAAACAACCAGAGUUUCCUUCAUCGCCAGUACCAUUUUAACUGAAUUUUUAUUUAAUGUUUCAUAAAUCAUUUCAAUCAA